UUUAUUCCCGAUUGAAAAUGGAACACAAGGACUAUAUUUUCAAACCAACCAUUUGAACGCCGAAACGCCUAUCACUGGGCGGAAUCCAGACUUUCUACGUCGUUUUGACGUCACCACACCCUUAUAAUAAAAGCCUCUAUGCCAAAUAAAUACUUCCUGACCGGAGAUUACUCCAAACACGCAGAGGGAUCGACGACACGGGCAAAAAUGAGGCUGCUCCAUCUGCUGUGUCUGCUCUGCUUGGCUGCUUGUGAGGCAUCCAGAGCAAGAGACUGGGCUCAUCACGGCGCGCCCAUGUUUGCCGACCUGACACCUCGGGAAAUGAAGGCCAUCCGGGCUUACUUCCACGGAAUCGCAGAAUUCGGACUCACCGAUGCUAGUAAUGUGGCUCUGAAGAAGAACAGCAUCCUGAUGAUGGAGCUCCAAGUGCCAAAAAAGAACGAAGCCUUGAGAGCUUUGGAUCGCGGUCAGGCCAAACCGCCGCGCCAAGCCCGUGUGAUUAUCCAGUUUGCGAACCAAACCAAGCCGAAUAUCACCGAGUUUAUUGUCGGACCUCUACCGUCUCCAAAGUCUCAUCAGGUCAAGAAGUUUAAGGGAGAUCGGCCUAUUCCGUUUGAGUCAAGGCCGAUGACUUUAAUGGAGUAUUCUCAUCUCAAUCGCACCAUUGGCAAACUCACAAGUAAAGCUCGAAAUCUUCUGUUGGAGACCACGGGAGGAUUUUCGUUAACAAACUGCUCAGAUCGCUGUUUGGUUUUUAUCGACAUAGCCCCGCGAGGGCUGGCUUCAGGUGAGAGGAGGUCCUGGAUCAUGUUGGUCAAGUUUGUGGAAGGAUAUUAUAUCCACCCAACUGGGUUUGAAAUACUGCUCAACCACAAAGACUUAAAUCCAGAUAAGUGGGCUAUUGAGAAAGUCUGGUACAACAGUAUGUACUUUGACAGCGUGGAGGAUUUGGUAGAAAAGUAUGAAUCAGGAGCUGUGGAGAAGAUCAGCCCAUCUGAUGACGACGAUGAUCUCUACUCCACUUACAUCCCUCGGGGUCAUAGCAACACUCCGACUGAUAUCCACGGGCCAAAACUUGUUGAGCCUCAAGGGCGUCGCUAUUUUAUCGAUGGCAAUUUUGUGGAGUAUGCCGGAUGGUCGUUCGCCUACAGAGUGCGUUCAUCGGCCGGACUUCAGGUCUUUGACGUCCGUUUUAAUGACGAAAGGAUCGCCUUUGAGAUCAGCCUCCAAGAAGCCAUCGCGUUCUAUGCUGGUGACACUCCUGCCGCCAUGCAAACAAAAUACAUCGACGCCGGUUGGGCCAUGGGUACUUUAUCAUACGAGCUAGCCGCUGGAAUUGACUGUCCAGAAAUCGCCACCUUUGUCGACCUUUACCACUAUUUUGACACCGACAAACCGGUGCGCUAUCGAAACGCGCUGUGUAUUUUUGAGAUGACCACGGCGGUGCCUUUGAGACGACAUUUCAACGCAUUCAAGGGAGGAUAUAAUUUUUAUGGAGGACUGGACAGCACUGUGCUGGUGUUACGGACAACUUCAACUGUUUACAACUAUGAUUACAUCUGGGAUUUCAUCUUCUACCAAAACGGUGUGAUGGAAGUAAAGGUCAGCGCGACUGGUUUCAUCCAUGCCACUUUCUUUACAUCUAAUGGACUUCAAUAUGGCCGCAAGGUGUACAACCAUGUGCUGGGAAAUCUGCACACGCAUCUCAUCAAUUAUAAGGUUGACCUGGAUAUUGCCGGUCGAGAGAACAGCUUUCAGACUUUAAAUUUGAAAUAUGUCAACUUCACAAAUCCCUGGAGCCCCAAGAAUUUCAUCGUCCAAUCCAAACUCAACUGGACGGAACACAAGACGGAGCGUUCUGCCGCCUUCCGCUAUGGCAAAAAGUUCCCUCGCUAUGUACAUUUUUACAACCCUAAUGAGAAAAAUAAGUUGGGGCAUCAAAAGGGAUACCGAAUCCAGCUAAACUCGCACGGCGAUAGCGUGCUUCCAAGAGGCUGGCAAGAAGAAAACAGCAUCACUUGGUCAAGAUAUCCUCUGGCCGUCACUCGUCAUAAAGAUAGUGAGGCCACCAGCACCAGUAUUUAUAACCAGAAUGACCCCUGGAAACCUGUUGUGGUGUUUGAGGACUACAUUCGCAACAAUGAAAAUAUUGUCAAUCAGGAUCUGGUUGCCUGGGUGACCGUGGGCUUCCUGCAUGUGCCUCACGCAGAAGACAUCCCCAACACGGCAACGCCUGGCAACGCGGUGGGCUUCUUCCUCCGACCCUUUAACUUCUUUGAUGAGGACCCUUCCGUCGCAUCCAGAAGCACGGUCAUCGUCCGACCCGGCCCGGACGGAAAGCCCAAAGUCCAACGGUGGACACCAGAGGUCGUAGGUCACUGUGUGACAGACAAGGCAUUUUUUUACAAUGGCACUUAUGCAGGGGUCUAGAAAAUGCCACAAAGAAAGGAAAGGUUUUGAAUUAACAAGUCCUAAUGAAGGAUCAUAAAAAAAAAAAGUUGUAUAGAAAUGUAAUGUUUUUUUGUAUUUAUGUGUGGAACAAACACUUAAUUUUAUUGCAUUUAAUUUGUUGAGGCUUCAUUUUACUUUGCGCUGCAUGUCAGAAAGGAGACGGGGUGACUUCUUCUGCCAAUCCAAGCAUUUCCAUGGAUGAGGCUUAGCAGUGACAGGCAUGCAGGAUGCAGGAUGCUCCGGCUCCGCACAGGCAGUGGUAAACCCGCUAGCUCGCAGCAUGCCCUACUUGCCCUCUUCGCAGGGAUGUUUUUAUCCGAAAGGCAACAAGGCUCCGAGUGCAAACAGUCCGAUACCGGAUCCUUUGUCAAACAAUCCAGGAUACCGCCUUGCUACCAUGGUAACCUAACUAUAUAAUGUGACAAAAUAUGCAAUGUAACAUGUUCUAUAUGUACAAGUUUCUGGCAUCACUUCAAAUUGUCCAAAUAAAUCCAAUUAUUGUAAUCAUAUUUGCAUUAAGGAAAAACUAACGUGUGCAAUUUUAAAUUGACUUGGAUAUGUGUCAGUAAAUAGCAACCCGUGCGUGCAAACAGAACUGCCAAAAUUUGAAACCGUUUUUAUUUGUGUGUCAGUGUUUUACAGUGUGGGUUAAAAGUGCAGAGUAUGAAAGCUGUGCACGAAUGAACGGACACAAAGUCGAGUAACAAGAAUUCCUGGCGUGAUUGCCGUGGAGAUGAUGGCAAUGACGUCACAACAGACAUACUUGGAAGAAUAUAGCGCACUGUAAAUUCAUUUUAAAAUGGCAUGCGGCAGUAUAAAUAAGAGGCCGGUGUUUGAAUUUAGUCAUGCAAGGAUGUUUAAAAUGAUUUGUCUGUUCUCUUAAAUUGUUUUACCUUAAUAAAAGGUGGAUGAACACA